UUGAUUGAUAAAUUCAAAAUACCUAGCAAGGGGAGACAACUCAGAAAAGGGAAAGAAAGAAAAAGAAAGUCUCGAAAUUUCUAUAGUCUUCUACCAGAACAAAUGAAAAAUCCAGAAAUCCACUAUUUUCUGCCAAAUAUUGAUAUAAAUACCCGAUCAAUCACAAAUUCACUCCAACACACCAUUUCAUAGCAAUUCGCUCGCAUCAAAUUCGUUCCAAUCAAUCAACAAUCACUCACAAAAUCUUGCUAGGUUGCAAAACAAUGUCGCUUAUUCCCAGCUUUUUCGGCCGCCGGAGCUCCGAUCCAUUCUCCCUGGAUCUGUGGGACCCUUUCCGCGACUCCGGCAACGAGACGUCGCAGUUCGCGGCGACGCGCGUGGACUGGAAGGAGACGGCGGAGGCGCACGUGUUCAAGGCGGACGUGCCCGGCCUGAAGAAGGAGGAGGUGAAGGUGGAGGUGGAGGAAGGGAACGUGCUGCAGAUAAGCGGCGAGCGCAGCCGCGACAAGGAGGAGAAGAGCGACACGUGGCACCGCGUCGAGCGGAGCUCCGGCAAGUUCCUCCGCCGCUUCCGCCUGCCGGAGAACGCCAAGGUGGAUCAGGUGAAGGCGAGUAUGGAGAACGGGGUGCUCACCGUCACGGUGCCAAAGGCGGAGGUGAAGAAGCCGGAGGCGAAGGCAAUCGAGAUUUCCGGCUGAGAGACGGCGGCGACGGCGGCGGAGUCUUUCUGUUUAUGAAUUAUGAGGGUGAUUAAAUAAUGUGUGCUUGUGUGUAAUAUACGAAUAAUAAAUUUUAAUAGCGUGUUUAAAGAUGUUACUAUGUUUUUCAUUUUGUUUUUAAAUGUGAUACUUUUUAACUCGAACGGAAUUAUUCUUCUUGUUAUUUUGGUUGUUUAAAUAUGUUUUGUAUCUGAUGUAACACAUGAGUCAUGAAGUGAGCUGAAAUAAGUAUUCUCUGAUUGCAUA